GAACUCCUGGUCUUCAUGGAGUUGAUCACGAACUAUACAAAUGGCUCACUAGAGAUACCCAAACAUCAAUGGCCAAGAAUAGAAACUUGUUCCAAAAAGACCAUCAAUAACUGGAAACUUUUCCGUCAAAAUUCCAGCUUAAUUUAUGAACCUUUUCCAUACCAAAGCGAGACACGAGCCCUAACAACUACAUGGAUAGUGAUUGGAGUUCUCGGCAUAAUAGAAAACUCUUUCAUCAUAUACGUUACAAGGGCUAGAAAAACGUUUCGUGGCCCAAUCACGGACAAGGCCGGCCAAAGAAAGGCGUYGGUCUAUUUUUUUAUAUACAACUUGGCUUAUUCAGACAUCAUGACGUCAGUAUCGUCCAUUAUCUUGGUGGUCCAGUUUCAUUUUGAUGUGUUUCUUGAAACAUGGAGCUGUCGUUUGAUCCGCUUUAUCGGGUUUUUGUUUACCACCAUUACAAUGGAAAUCCUGUUGGUAAUCUCUGUUGAACGUUACUAUGCAGUAGUUCAUCCUUAUCGAUCUUUCGACAUCGUAACUUCAAGGAGCCUUGUCCGUGGAGCCUGGUGUGUCGGGUUUUUGUUAACAGUUGUUGCCACGGUAACGUAUGACGUCAAAAGGGUGUGUGUUACUUCUGUUGUUUACAGCAUGGCAUGUAUUCCAGCCAAUACCCCUGUCGCUAACACCCUGUCACUUCUCUUCGUCCUCCUCAUCUAUCUUAUUCCAGGAGUUAUCAUAACUUUCACCACGUUAUCUACAAUCUGUAACAUAAAAUCCACCAAUACUGUCAACAUACUACCAAAUGCAGCAGAACACCUACAGAAGAUCCGAGCUACAAGAAUUCUUUCUAGUGUAAUUUUUUUCUUCAUCGUACCAUACUUGGGUCUUGUGGUAUAUACUGUAGCACUUAAGUAUGGGAAACUGAAGAAGCUAGGGCACAAAACGAUCCACCUUUUGGGAUAUGCUACUGCAAUAAUAUGCUUUUCCAACUGUGUAAUCAAUCCUAUUUUGUUGGUUUUCCAUAUGAAAAGUCUUCAACAGAAGUUAAAAGCCUUUUUUAAAUUCAGGGCUGUAAGGAUUCCCGAAAGUAGCCAAGGGGCUGAUCCUGGGGUGACAAUGAGCGCAACUGGUCACCCUCCUUUUGCACAAUAA